GCCCGGCCCCUCAGGACGCAGGGCAGUGACGCCGCCGCCGGGGCCGCAGGAGGGGCGGGGGCUGCGGGCGGGCGUCCGGGACGCCGGGAGUCGGCUCCAUGGGGGAGCGAUCUGCUUACCAGCGCCUGGCCGGGAGCGAGGAGGGCCGGCAGAGGCUGGGGAGCAGCAGCAUGCAGCCCGAGGAGGGCACAGGCUGGCUGCUGGAGCUGCUGUCGGAGGUGCAGCUGCAACAGUACUUCCUGCGGCUCCGCGACGACCUCAAUGUCACCCGCCUGUCCCACUUUGAGUAUGUCAAGAAUGAGGACCUGGAGAAGAUUGGCAUGGGCCGGCCUGGCCAGCGGCGGCUGUGGGAGGCCGUGAAGAGGAGGAAGGCCCUGUGCAAGCGCAAGUCGUGGAUGAGCAAGGUGUUCAGUGGAAAGCGGCUGGAGGCCGAGCUCCCUCCUCACCACUCUCAGAGCACCUUCCGGAAGACCUCCCCUACCCCAGCGGGCCCCGCGGGGGAGGGGCCCCUGCAGAGCCUCACCUGCCUCAUCGGGGAGAAGGACCUGCGCCUGCUGGAGAAGCUGGGCGACGGCUCCUUCGGCGUGGUGCGCAGGGGCGAGUGGGACGCCCCCUCUGGGAAGACGGUGAGUGUGGCUGUGAAAUGCCUGAAGCCGGAUGUGCUGAGCCAGCCAGAGGCCAUGGAUGACUUCAUCCGUGAGGUCAACGCCAUGCAUUCGCUUGACCACCGCAACCUCAUUCGUCUCUACGGUGUCGUGCUCACCCCGCCCAUGAAGAUGGUGACAGAGCUGGCACCUCUGGGAUCGUUGCUGGACCGGCUACGUAAGCACCAGGGGCACUUCCUCCUGGGGACCCUGAGCCGCUACGCUGUGCAGGUGGCUGAGGGCAUGGGCUACCUGGAGUCCAAGCGCUUUAUCCACCGUGACCUGGCUGCCCGCAAUCUGCUGUUGGCUACCCGAGAUCUGGUCAAGAUCGGGGACUUUGGGCUGAUGCGAGCACUGCCCCAGAACGAUGACCACUACGUCAUGCAGGAACAUCGCAAGGUGCCCUUUGCCUGGUGCGCCCCGGAGAGCCUGAAGACACGCACCUUCUCACACGCCAGCGACACCUGGAUGUUCGGGGUGACGUUGUGGGAGAUGUUCACGUACGGCCAGGAGCCCUGGAUCGGCCUCAACGGCAGUCAGAUCCUACACAAGAUUGACAAGGAAGGGGAGCGCCUGCCGCGGCCCGAGGACUGCCCCCAGGACAUCUACAAUGUCAUGGUCCAGUGCUGGGCUCACAAGCCAGAGGACAGGCCCACGUUUGUGGCCCUGCGUGACUUCCUGCUGGAGGCCCAGCCCACGGACAUGCGAGCCCUGCAGGAUUUUGAGGAGCCAGACAAGCUGCACAUCCAGAUGAAUGACGUCAUCACCGUCAUCGAGGGAAGGGCCGAGAACUACUGGUGGCGCGGCCAGAACACACGGACGCUGUGCGUGGGGCCCUUCCCUCGCAACGUGGUGACCUCGGUGGCUGGCCUGUCGGCCCAGGACAUCAGCCAGCCCCUGCAGAACAGCUUCAUCCACACGGGGCAUGGCGACAGCGACCCCCGCCACUGCUGGGGCUUCCCCGACAGGAUCGACGAGCUCUACCUGGGGAAUCCCAUGGACCCUCCUGACCUGCUGAGCGUGGAGCUGAGCGCCUCCCGGCCCACCCAGCCUCCAGGAAGGGGGAAAAGUAAGAGCCCCCUGCUUCGUGGUGUCCAGGUCGUUGGCUGUGGGGGCUUGGGGCGGGGGGUACUGCUUUCUCGGGCUGCCCUGGGCCUGCGGUUCCGGCUCCAGGAGCAGCGGGUGGGACAGCUGCGUCCCUGGCUCUGGCUGGGCGUGGGGUUGCCUCCCCGUGAGCCCCUGUCCCCUCAAGGCUCAAGGACCCCCAGCCCCCUGGCGCCCCCUGGCAGCUCUCCUCUGUCCCCCCGGCUCUCCAGCUCCCCUGGGAAGACCAUGCCCACCACCCAGAGCUUCGCCUCCGACCCCAAGUACGCCACUCCGCAGGUGAUCCAGGCCCCCGGGCCCCGGGCCGGCCCCUGCAUCCUGCCCAUCAUCCACGACGGCAAGAAGGUCAGCAACACCCACUACUACCUGCUGCCCGAGCGCCCGGCCUACCUGGAGCGCUGCCAGCGUUUCCUGCGGGAGGCCCAGAGCCCCGAGGAGGAGCCCGCGCCCCUGCCCGUGCCCCUGCUGCUGCCCCCGCCCAGCACCCCUGCCCCUGCCGCCCCCACCGCCACUGUCCGGCCCAUGCCCCAGGCUGCCCUGGACCCCAAGGCCAACUUCUCCACCAACAACAGCAACCCAGGGACCCGGCCAGCAGCCCUGAGGGCCGCUGCUCGGCUGCCACCCCGGGGCUGCCCCGCGGACGGGCCGGAGGCUGGGCGGCCAGCCGACAAGAUCCAGAUGCUGCAGGUCAUGGUGCAUGGGGUGACCACAGAGGAGUGCCAGGCAGCCCUGCAGAGCCACGGCUGGAGUGUGCAGCGGGCUGCCCAGUAUCUGAAGGUGGAGCAGCUGUUUGGGCUGGGUCUGCGUCCCCGAGGGGAAUGCCACAAGGUGCUGGAGAUGUUCGACUGGAACCUGGAGCAGGCCGGCUGCCACCUCCUGGGCUCUUGUGGCCCUGCCCACCACAAGUGA